AUGUUUAGAAGUAUUUUAAAAAACAAUCAAGGGUUAUCAAUUAUUAAUAAAAGAGUAACUAAUAUUAGGAACCCCAACAGUUUCCGAUUAUUAAGCAAUAAUGCAUGCCACCAAUUACAGAAUAACCCAUUAGAUUCCAAAUCCAACAAGAUUUCCCCUAAUAAUACAAAGACAUCUACUGAUGACAUCACAUUUAAAAGUAAGAAGCCGUUAAGUAGAGUGCCGAUCGGAGUUGAUGGAAAUAGUGGAUAUAGGAACGGGAAUGAAAGGGGAAACGAGAAUGUGAACGGGGUCAAUUCCGGAUCAAUCGAAUUCUCUACGUGGAAAGCAGGUAUUUUAUUUAUAAUUGUUGGGUCAGCAUUAAGUUAUUUUUUCCAAAAAGAGAAGAAAAGAUUAGAAGUCGAAAGAGAAGCAGAGGCAAAUAGGGGGUAUGGUAAACCAUUAAUUGGAGGACCAUUCAAAUUAAUCAAUAGUGCAACCAAUGAAGAGUUUACGGAGAAAGAUUUGUUGAAUAAAUGGUCAUUGAUUUAUUUUGGAUUCACCCAUUGUCCCGAUAUUUGUCCUGAUGAAUUAGAUAAAUUGGGGAUUUGGUUAAAUACAUUAAAAUCAAAGCACAAUAUUGAGAUUCAACCAAUUUUUAUUACUUGUGACCCCGCAAGAGAUUCUCCCGACGUUAUAAAAGAAUAUUUAAAGGACUUCCAUGAAGAUAUAAUCGGGUUAACUGGUGACUACGAUUCCAUUAAGGAUGUCUGUAAAAAAUACAGAGUGUACUUUUCAACCCCACCUGGCAUUCAACCCACUCAAGAUUAUUUAGUCGAUCACUCUGUAUUUUUCUAUCUAAUGGACCCUGAAGGUAAUUUUGCACAAGUAUUAGGCUUAAAUAGCGACGAAGUCACAGGGGUAGAAAACAUUAAAGAAUAUGUAGACAAUUUUGUCCCAACUGCAGAAAGACAAAAAAGAGAUGAAACAUGGUACGCAUUCUUAUUCAAAUAG